GUGUGUUGCCCAUGGAUACUCUACUUCACGCAUUGCACACAUAUGUGCGCACGCGCAUAUGCUGGUAUACUUGUUUCAUUUUUACUAAGUAUAAAUGGUUGAAAUGUCAAUCAAACCGAACGUUUCCUGCAAAAACUUCAAUCCUGGAUAAUACAAUGGAGGUUGAUGAGACUGCCUGUCCAAAUGCAAACAAUUGUCUUGGAAUGUAUACAUGGAUAUAAGGUGGUUAGGUUUGGUGUACAUAAUAAUGUUAUCUAGCUGCAAUUUACAGAGUGUUGAACAAGAAGAAGAUAAUUUAAUAGACUCCAUGCACAACUAUACAAAUUUGAAAAUAUUUUUGUGGUCCGGUUCCGGAGAUGGUUCAAAUGAACCAACAGAAAUAUCAACCACUAAAAAAGUUCCAAUUUAUUCUGAAAAUCCCGAGGAUUGUAUAGGCGGACAAGAUUGUAAUAUUCAACCUACGACGUCUAUUACGCCACAACUCGGGGUUAUUGACAUCCCACAAACUGCCGAAAUACCAAACAAAGAAUAUUGGAUAGUAACAGAAUUAAAUUUUAACUCGCCAACGGAUGUUCAUAUUUCCAUACCAGUCAUAAAAGAAAAAUUGGCCAUCCUCUACACGAUUGCUUUUACAAGACAACAGGCUCGGCAUCUCGGACUAAACUCAAAUUGGACCGAGGAUGAAGUAAAUUCUGAUCGGAAUCGAAGAUGGGAUACAAACGAAAAACCAAUUAAAGUCAGAGUAGACGUUCUAUCCGUAUUGAACAAAUUGGAUUUGGUUUAUUUUGUUAGCGUAAAUGACCAUCCCGUGUCUGCUGCAACGGCAGUACGUGACAUGAGCCUUGUUACGACACGGGAAGCUACAGAUCAUUUGGGAUAUGCUGUAAAAAUCAAAGCCCGCCCUUACCUGGAUGGAUUACAGUUUCAAAGAGUGCAAGGUCUAAGCUAUGGCGAGAUUUGGGUUUUCAUUACCGCAACAUGUAUAAUUGUACUAGUACUUGUAACUGGCAUAGUCGUAGCACAUAAGAAAAAAAGAAGAAAAAAUAGCAUUAGCUCCAACAGGACUAACAUGGCGUUUUGUGAAGAUCAAACACCUCAUCACGAUGUAAAAACAGAAGCUACGUCUACUGAAGAUAUUGGUGCUCUUCACACGCCCGAACCAAAGCCAAGAAAUAGAAAUAAAAUUUCAAAUUCAUUGCUUUCAAUGCAAGCAGUUAAUAAAUUUCAAAAAGAUUCAAUACCUGGGCCGUUAACAGAUGUACUAGAUGGACUUAAAGUAAAUGAAAAUAAAAAUGUACGCACAAUGACAAGGCACGAGAGUAUUGGUGGUCAAGAUCCUGGAGUGGUUGGACCUAUAGUUUGGGAUUUACAUUGUAAACAAAUGAAAGUGAAAAGUAAUGAACAGGAUGACGAUUCGUGUUCAAGCUUUGACGCUUUCAACGCCAUGGAUACUAACGUCACAAAAAUGCGACAAAAAUUUCAUGAAUUACUUGACGAUGCAUUCACGUUGUUCGGUAGUCGAAACUCGAGUUUGAACAGCGACGAAAGUAACCCGUCGAUAAGUAACCAUGAACAGAGAUCAAAAUCAGCUCCAUUUAGGUGUUCCGCCGCUUCCAGCGGACGUCCGACCGGCCGGCCAAAGACGUCGGCGGAGUCGAGCGGCCGGGCCGCGGACGACGACCAACACGCGGCGUCGGCGGCGGCGGUGUCGGCGACGAGCCCGUGCUGGGCGCUGUCGCCGGGCGAGGCGUGGGCCGGUUCGGACCAGUCUGUGUUCGUGCCGCGGCCGCUGAGCGCGGGCCCGUUCCACCGGCCGGCCGUGCGCGCCGAGUUCAUCAGCUCGGACGCCAAUCUGUCCCCCCAGGACCCCGCCGUGCCGCUCAUCGAGGCCAUACGAAAGGAACUGGACAGAUUCCCUUCGCCGCACGCCGACUCGUCUCGGUGACUCAUACCUAUGUCAUAUUAUACACACGCGCGCCCCGCCGCCGCGUACGAUUCUGUGCCGAUCAAUUAUUAUUAUUAUUAUUAUUAUUAUUAUCGCCUGUGCGCGCACGUACACAAUAUUAUACUUGUUCGAUGUGGAUUAAUCCGCUUCGACUGCACCCGUGCGACGAACCCCUCGUGUCGUCGCCGCCGCCACUGCCGCCACCACACGCAGAGACGAUGAUUCAUCGCCGCUUGACGAUCGAUGAUAAUACGAUUAUUAUUACCUAUAUGAUUUCAUAUUAUUAUUAUUAUUAUUAUUAUUGGCCUUGGACCUCCUUCGACAGUUUUACGCGGUGACGUAUACGUGUAGCGUGUAAUUUUUUUUUACCCCGUACUACGUGAACGCCUGUACGUUGGUUCCCGUCAAUUACCAAAUCGGUUCCCGGACAGUUUUCCGGUGACAUACGAAUCCGUUCCGAAAAUCUUACGUUAUGGAUUACGAAACCGCGUCGAACUUGACUUUUUCAAUCGUAACUGCGUAGUUCUAUAUUAUAGAUCUUCAUGACUACAUAUAGACUUAAGCCCAGAACACUAGGCUGCGGGUCUAGCCGAUCAAACGUGUUACUUAAGUCAGUCCAUAUAAUACCUAUAUAGGUACAAUAUAAGAACGAUUUAUAAACUAUAUUUUCCGUAUUUGUCGGAAUAACGAUAACAUAGGUAUGUAAAAUAAUUUGAACAUAAUUUAAAUAAAUAUUGAUAAAAAAAUAACGUUGCUCACAUUAUUUACGAAUUGUUCGAAUAAUUAUAGUAUAAGCUUGACAUCGUUUGGCAGUCAUUCAAUUUUCACAUCUGUUCGUCGAUUGACUUUUCCGAUUUCUGCUAUUUUUCUUGAAUUUAAGUGUGGUCUUUUUGUCUUUGGUCCGUUUCACAUUGAAUUUAUUUUCAAUAAAAAAAAAAACACAUUUGAGCGGAGGAAUAAAAUUCUAAAUCAAAUUUUCCGUCUAACAAUACGUAAAUGUUUGUAAUUUGUUUUGGAGUAAAUAAAAAUUCAGCUCACUUGUUUAAUGGAAAAUCACAACCAUUACAUCUAUAUUUACGCGAUGGUAUUCUUUUAAUUUCAAAAUCUAUUUCUAUUUUAUUUUAAAUAGGUGAUUGCAGUAAUAAAUUCCAAAUAGUUCUAUUCUACUAACGGAGGUUCGCGAAGCUUACAACUUUACUAUAAUAUUAUACAAUAUAUUUAGUUUAAAAUAUGUUGCAACAAACAUAAAUUAUUCUAAUUUCUAAUGAAAAAUAUGGUCAACCCGACUCACUGGGUCAAGUAAUUUCUAUAUAACGUAAUAUUAUCGUUUGGCACUAACUUAAUUUCAAACCAGUUUAAGUUUUAUUUAGAAGUUUGCUUAAGUCAAUAAUAGUCGUGUUUUUUAAAUUUGGUCACAUUGCUCAUUUGAAUAUAAUAAAUUAAAUUUUUUUCAAUUUAAUUUUAGUUAUUGAACUCUUGUUGUGCGCGUUUUAGCAUAAGUUUAAACAAAUCAAAUACAUAUUUUUAAAAACUCUUCAAAAAAUUUACCCAUAUACGCUAAGUACAUUUAUAUAAUGUAAAUUUAAACGGAGUCAAGAGCAAUAAAAUUAGUAUACAUUUUAAAUUAUAUGAAAAUAAUUUAAAUUUUAAAUAUUAAAAAAAUCAGCGAUUCAUCUGAUUUCCUCAUUUGCAAGUUUUAUUUGACAAAAUAUAAGAUGGAUAGAGAGGAAGUUAAAAGAGGAGAAAUCUUGUAUAAUUCAUACAUACGAAAUGUGUUAUGUAAAAAAUUCCAAUAGUAUUAACAUUUUAAAAGAACAAUUCCAAGAUUCGUAUAAAAAAUAGGU